AUGCAAGUCAAGGAAUGCAAGUGUCAUCGUCUGGCAAUUAGCCUUAAUCAAACGUUGAAUGGAUCACAUUUUGAAGCCAAGUUUCGGAAAGCUAUUCAAGCACUCACUGUUGAAGAAUGUGCAAAAGCAAUGAGGUUUCACUACAAAGACGAUACUCUUGCAUCUAUUUUAGGACGACUGUUAUUACGUCAAAUCACACGACGAUUAUCAAAUGUGGAUUGGAAUAAAAUUGAAUUUGGACGAACGCAAAAAGGCAAACCGUAUUUGAUAAGUCCAAGCAAUACAGAGUAUGGUUUAAAUGUAUCUCAUCAAGGAGAUUAUGUGGCGUUUGCAAGUAGUUGCUCAUCUAGAGUUGGCGUGGACUGUAUGCGUAUUGAUAAACAAAGAAGUAAUAGAACGGCUGAUGAGUAUAUCACAUCAAUGGCAAAGUCUGCAAGUCCAGAAGAGUUACGGACAAUGAGAGCUCAAGCAACUGAACAAAUGAAGAUGAUUUAUUUCUAUAGAUAUUGGUGCUUGAAAGAAGCAGUCCUCAAGGCAAGAAAUGAUAAUGCAACUGGAGAAGGUUUACUAUCAGAUUUAAGUCGGUUAAAUUUCCACGUAAAUCAAGAUGAACGAUAUCGUCCUAGAUGUUUCAUAACGUCAACUACAGUAUCACUAGACGGAAAACUGCAAGAUGAAUGGAUUUUGGAGGAGACAUUCAUAGAUGAAAUGCACAAUGCAGCCGUGUGCCGUGAAAAGCACUUGCCAAAACAAUGUUCAUACUCAACAAAUGCAGAAACACGCAUAUAUUUUGGUUUUGUUGACAUUGAUUUCCUACUUGAUGGUGCUACGGUUCUCAAUCCUCUUCCCGCAGAUGGGUCUGCUGAAUGGGCAAACUUUGAUGCAAAACCAAGGAAGCUUUUUUAA